AUGUCAAAGAACGUACUAAAAGAGGGAAAAACUGCACAGAAUACAUGGUUUGUAAAAAACGAGGAGAAAAUCGAGCGAAACUCUGAAAUUCUUCACGAACUUCAACAUGAUCUUGAGAAUCGUCAUGUGACUGAGCCAAAGCAUAGCACAAAAGUACAAGCAGCUACAAAAAGCUUAUCACAUUUGAUCUCUUUAGCUGCCGAAACACUACCUGAUCUCAAUUCUGAUCAUUUUGGAAAACUUUUUGAUCGUUAUGGCUCGAAAAAAGUGGUUUUACUUGGUGAGGCCAGCCAUGGGACUUCUGAAUUUUAUCAAGCACGAGCCGCCAUCUCAAAGCGUUUAAUCGAAGAGCAUGGUUUCAAUAUUGUAGCCAUUGAGGGAGAUUGGCCUGACGGGCAUUCAGUUGAUCGCUAUGUUCGUCAUCGUUCUGUUGGUAACACUGAGAAACCAUUUAAACGUUUCCCAAGUUGGAUGUGGAAAAACACUGACGCACAAGCUUUCAUCAAAUGGCUUCACAGACAUAAUUCUAAACUCGAUUUUGAGAAAAAAGUCGGUUUUUAUGGUUUGGAUAUGUACAGUAUGAGGGAAUCAAUUGGACAAGUGUUGAAUUAUUUGAAAAGAGUUGAUCCAGAAGCAGCGAGAGUGGCUCGUGAUCGUUAUAAUUGUUUAUCGCCAUGGUUGAGAGAACCAGCUGAAUAUGGAGCUGCGACACUUGUCGGGUUGAAAAAAUGUGAGCCGGGAGUGCUUGAACAGCUCAACGAUUUGCUAAAAAAUCGAGUGGAAUACGCGAAAAAUGAUGGGCUUUCGUUUUUCGAUGCUCAUAUGAAUGCAAGAGUUGUGGAGUCGGCUGAGAAAUACUAUCGUGUGAUGUACUAUGGAGAUGCAGAAUCAUGGAAUCUCCGUGACACUCACAUGUUCGAAACAUUGCAAUCGUUGAUGAAAAAUGUGCCUAAUGGAAAAGCGAUAGUUUGGGCUCACAAUUCACAUAUUGGAGAUGCAAGGGCCACUGAGAUGGGAAGUGAAAGAGGUGAACUAAACAUUGGACAACUUUGUCGACAAGCAUAUGGAGAUGAGGCGGCAUUAAUUGGAUUUGGUACUCACACUGGAACGGUGACGGCCGCUAGUAAAUGGGAUUCACCAGCACAGACGAUGCGUGUGAUCCCGUCAAGACCGGAUAGUUACGAGAGACUUUGUCAUGAUGCGGAUAAAAGACGAUUCUUGUUGGAUUUACAUAAAAAUGAGCAUCUACGGAAACAAUUAAUGAAACCAUUGCUGGAACGAUUUAUUGGAGUAAUCUAUCGUCCAAAUACAGAGCGUUGGAGUCAUUACACAGAAUGUGUUUUACCAUCGCAAUUCGAUGCGUACGUUUGGUUUGAUGAGACGAAAGCUGUCACUCCAUUGAGAAAGGAGCAUUUACACGAGGGAGAACCCGAAACAUAUCCGUUUGGACUU